GACCGUUUACCAGCGAUCACCUUAAAGAGAUCCGACAGGGCAUACAAAAUUUCCAGCAAAACGUCGGCGAAAGAGAUGCACACGAGGAGUUUGCAGCUGCAUCGCGCGUUUUGCAAUUCGUUCCAGAUAAGACUUCGGAAAUUGUAAGCGGAGUGGGUGGACGAGGACAAACAGGCGUUUACACUUCCCACCAGUUUUUGUCACCAACAGAUCAGCUUCAGAUAGCUUAUGUCGAUGAUUCCAGAAGUAGGACUCAUGAAGCACAAAAAGCAUUUUUAACUCCAUCGGCCAGCUCGUCCACGUCUGCAACAACGAAGACGGCCGAGGCUACGGAGGUCAAGAAUGAAGAAUUAGCGGUACUAAGAGCAGAGGAGGAAGAAGAUGUUGUGAUCGGAACAGACCCAAAAACGUACUUGUCGAACGAACGAACCUUCUUUCGGUACCUGCACAUCGCCGUGCUGCUCUCCGUCACAUCGGUUCUCCUGCUUCAUUAGGCCUUUGAUUAUUGAUCAUCGAACAUGUCGCUCAACGAAGUUUUUACUAAACUAAUUCGUCUUUCAUUUUCCUUACCUUUCUUUUUCUGGUUUUUGUGGUUAGGUGCUCCACCGCUAAUAUCACUGGAGACGUCAGUGUUAUACAUCGGCUUCCGCCAGUAGAGCUAACCUGUACUACAGUGGCGUGAACGAUCAGCGUCUAUGUGUUUUAUAAAUAUAUAACAUCUUUGAGUUCAUCCUUUCACGAGCCUCUGUCGUUAAAAUGCCAGCAUACAACAUCUAAUGGAGAACAUCGCCUAAGCCGGGUGCAGCACCGACUGGAGGCAAUAUUUUUCAGGACCUUUUUGGUGGUUUCACGCCAGAGCGCUUUGCGACGAGGGUAUGCUCUUACCUUCUUGCUGCAUUGGCGCUUUUCGUUGUGUUAUGGAGCUACGUCUUGUUCGAAUCUCGACUGACAAUACUCGGGCGCACCGGGGACAAGAGCUUACUGGUUACAGCAGGUGGUACUGUUUCUGCCAAAAGUGGAGGAGGGGAUAUAGAUGUGAAGCAUACAGCCUAUGGCGCAAAAACAGCGGUUGGACCGGAGAUUGUCCCAGCUGCGCUCUUCCUGGGGUUUUUCACGUGUUUGGGCGUGCAUCUUGUCGAUGAUUUGCCCCGUUUCCUCGAAUCAUAAACAAAUUUUUGUGGCCAUGCAACAAUCCAUGGCAAGAAAUUUUUGCAUCUUCUCACAACAAAUCGAUUCCGCGCACCUGGUACCACGCCCUUAGCAGUGUUGUUCUUUGAAGCGUGGAAAAUAGUCGUGCUGUUCUUUGAAG